GUACCAACCUGAACUCCUACUCCAACAAUAUUUUUAUAUAGAAAAACCAUCAUCAAGUGGGGGUCUUGCCAUUUGGCUUGGCUAUAUGAUAUCUCUAUGGCAUUUGUCAAACGCCUAUGCUAAGCUUUCUUCUCCCUCUACACAGUUCUCAAUUUCAUCCUCAUCUCUCUUUCUUCAAAAUGACAGGGUAGGAAUACUGCUAUGAUCUGUCUGCUUCUAGGUUUCUAAUUGCACCAGGGCACAGUCAUCCUAGAAAAUUCAGCAAGAUUUUAUCAGUGAGUGACUCUACCUGGUGACUAUAUCUUAAGAUGAGAAAGGGGGCAAAAUCAUAAAUCUUGGUGAACCAUGUCAUUAGUUAGAUCUGCUGAGGUAGCCCCAACAUCGUAUCAAAAUGCAAAGCUCUACUCACUAAAGGAGCAAGGUGUUAGACCAGGCUUGUGCUCCCAAAUUUUUGGUCCUGAUAAGCAUAGAAACAUGUACAUGACAAAUACUUACUCCGGCAAGAGUUACGAGAAGUACUUCCUUGACUCACAAACAGAAGAACUGAUAGAACCAUCUUGUUCUGGUAUCUCUGGAAGUUCAAUUCACCCUGAUGGUGCCUCUUCUUAUCAUCUCAGAUCCAGUUCAGGAACUUUUAUGGCUGCUAAUAAUCCAUUCGGUACUUCCUUCAUGUCUACUAGGCAUCAUGAUGCUUAUCCAUCCAACUUGGGAUCAGAUUUGAUGGAGAAUAGUAGCCUGGAUUCACGUAACAAUGAUGAUUUAAUGAAAUUAAAACUACAAGCAUUGGAGAGGGCAUUGCUUGAUGAUAGUGAUGCCGAGGAGGAAGAGGAGGAAGACAUAUUUGGGACUGCUCAAAGCAUGGAGAUUGAUCCUGAGAUAGCAGGGUGGGCUGAUUCCAUGCAGAACAUGCUGCUUCAUGACUCUCCAAAGGAGUAUUCCUCUUCAGACUCCAAUAUUAGCAGCAUCAGCAGCACCAAAGAAAUAACACAAACUUCUCAGACCCCCAAGCAACUGCUUUAUGAAUGUGCUAUUGCACUUUCAGAAGGGAACGAAGAGGAAGGCUCAUCCAUGAUAAAUGGUCUCAGGCAGAUGGUCUCAAUUCAGGGAGAGCCUUCUCAAAGAAUUGCAGCCUAUAUGGUCGAGGGACUUGCAGCUCGCUUGGCUGAAUCUGGCAAGAGUAUAUAUAAAGCCUUGAAAUGCAAGGAACCUCCUUCUUCAGACCGUCUAGCAGCAAUGCAGAUACUUUUUGAGGUUUGCCCAUGUUUUAAAUUUGGGUUUGUUGCUGCUAACAAUGCAAUCACUGAGGCAGUGAAAGAUGACAUGAAGAUUCAUAUAAUAGAUUUUGACAUCAAUCAAGGAAGUCAGUAUAUAAAUCUAAUACAAGCACUUGCUUCGAGGUCAAGUAAGCCACCCCAUGUCAGAUUAACCGGGGUUGAUGAUCCUGAGUCUGUGCAACGAUCCGUUGGAGGCCUACAAAUCAUAGGACUUAGACUUGAAGAACUGGCUAAAGAACUUGGUUUGCCAUUUGAGUUUCGAGCAGUGGCAUCAAAGACUUCCAUUGUCACCCCAUCAAUGCUCAACUGUCGCCCCGGUGAAGCACUUGUGGUGAAUUUUGCAUUCCAGCUUCAUCACAUGCCUGAUGAGAGUGUUUCGACAGUAAACGAACGAGACCAGCUUCUUCGCAUGGUGAAGAGCUUGAAUCCAAAGCUUGUAACAGUUGUGGAGCAAGAUGUAAACACAAACACCACCCCCUUCUUACCUAGAUUUGUUGAAGCCUACACUUAUUACUCUGCUGUGUUCGAGUCGCUUGAUGUUACUCUUCCUAGAGAAAGUCAAGACAGGAUGAAUGUUGAAAGGCAAUGCUUAGCAAGGGACAUUGUCAAUGUUGUAGCAUGUGAGGGUAAGGAUAGGAUAGAACGGUAUGAAGUUGCGGGAAAAUGGAGAGCAAGGAUGACAAUGGCUGGCUUCACUUCAUCCCCCAUGAGUGCAAAUGUUACUAAUGAAAUCCAGAAACUUAUUAAGGUGAUGUAUUGCGACAGGUACAAGAUAAAGGAGGAAAUGGAUGCUCUUCAUUUUGGUUGGGAAGACAAGAACUUGAUCGUUGCUUCAGCAUGGAAGUUACCACGAUAAAUUAUGUUAUUUGAGAGACUCUUUCUAGUAUUGGUAUGUAGUGUUUGCUUGCUUGUUUAGUGUGUAGAUUCAAUCUGAUAUUCAUAUCCUAGAGUUUGCUGCUUCUCCAGAUGUAUACUAACGUAUUUAUCUUAAGCUAAUGACGAAUUUUCACUAAGUGCUUAACUUGGCUAGAGGAUAAAACAAUGAUGCUUAUGCUUUCCAUGCC